AUGUCCUACCCAAAGUUCAUUGAGCAUUUCAUCAAGCAGUUGGAGGACAAUGUCUCAAUGGAAACUCUAAGCUUUAAAGUGGGCUUAUUUACUGCCGGAACAGAUACAACAUCCUCCGCAUUGGAAUGGGCAAUGGCUGAGCUACUCCGCAACCUGGAAAAGCUGUCAAAAGCUCAAGCGGAGUUGAAGCAGGUCAUCAGGAAAGGAAAACCGGUUGAGGAAUCCGACGUUGCUCGACUUCCUUACUUACAAGCAAUAAUAAAAGAGACCUUCCGUUUGUACCCAGCAGCGCCUUUACUACUUCCCCGAAAAGCCGAAACAGACGUUGAAAUCGGCGGGUACGUUGUACCAAAGGGUGCACAAGUGUUUGUCAAUGCAUGGGCCAUAGGAAGAGAUCCUGGAAUUUGGGACAACCCGGACUCAUUCGUGCCAGAGAGGUUUCUAGGAUUGGAAAUUGAUGCAACCGGCCAGAACUUUGAGCUUAUCCCGUUUGGUGUGGGAGGAGAAUGUGUCCUGGCUGGCCAUUGGCAAUGA